GAAGAGGUCGCACCCUCGCGCCUUCUGAAUGCUCUCCAGGAGUCAAACCCCCAAAAACCCCCAUUAGUACGCGCGAUUUAUAGUAAAAUACUACUCUCUGGGUCUCAAGGCCUGACAUGGUCUAUAUUAUUGAUUACAAUUCAUGUAAUUAACCCCUAAUUAUUGCAGGUCACCUCGGACGAGCAAAAUUCUCUCCUACGCGAUUGUCUUUUGGCUCUCUCUCACUCUCGACGGGCUCCAAUGCACCUGUAUAUCGUUGUGUUUUCUUUUUAUUUCAGUGGAAAAUUCCUUAGCUGCCAGUGUGAAUAGUGGUGAUAAAUAGAUAAAUAAUCGCCUUGUGGAUUGCAUGAACCGGAUUGAGCAAGUAAGACUGUUACAAUUUCUCUAAGAGUCGAACAAUAAAUACUGAUUAGUGAUUCGCUUGAAAUGCACUAUAAAUUUAAGUGUUUUCUAACGUUUAAUGCAGAAAUUUGGUUUUCACACUCGUGAAAUUAAUAUUUGUACAUUUGUAUAUAGAAACUGAGCAUAUAAAAAGUCUUUUCUUGCACAUAUUGUUCACAGACUUCAGCAGAAACGUGCUCAAAUUGUUAACUCUCUGUAUCUCCGAAACAAAUCAUAGGAUCUUCUUGGGCCUACGAGAACUUCAGGAGGUCGAGAAGCAUAACAUAUUUCAAUUUCAUGACAAUCGUGAAAUUUCUUUUUCCUCAUAAGAUCCGUGAGUGGUCCUUUACACUAAUAAUAAGUGGCGCUAUAUACAUUUCUAAUAAUUGACAUGCAAGAUGUUUACUUGCCAGGCAUGUAUACUCCUAAAUCUUAUAGUUACUGAUAAAUAAUUUUGUAAUUUGAAGGUGCUUCUUUUUAACAACAAACAAAGGUUAACAUUUUUGUUUACAUUUUUCCACAUAAAUACAAAUUAUCUCUUAACCUCUCAUUUAAAUGAUAAAUAUUAAAUGUUACGUAUCUUACAGGCUGAAAUAAUACUUAUGCAUAAUCAUUAGCUACUGAUUGAUCAAGUAGGUACCUAUAACGUCAGAUAAGGGCAUUGAAAACGUUCACUUGAAUAAAAAGUUUAAUUUGAAUAGUAAAAAAUAUUUAUCUGGAAUGAUUUAAGAGUGAUUGAAAUACAAUUUUGGGUAAAUAUGGAGAAGGUUACCUAUGCCGAAUCCAAAGGCCCCACUUUUGGUAAAAGACAUGUACAAGCAAUUCUACAGUUUUUCUCCAUCGUUCUGGAAAUGGCAUCUCGCGCUUGCGUCUCCCUUUCCAUCAUUGCAAUGACUGACAGCACAACAUCAUCUAACCCAAAUAUACCAACUUAUGACUGGUCUAACACCAACGUGAUCCUCUCAUCAUUUUACUGGGGCUACAUAGCUUUACAACUACCAGCAGCUCAACUAGUCCAUUCCUAUGGAAUAAAAUGGUUUUUGUUUGCCGCAAUGCUGGUCAACUCCUUAUCAAUGACUUUAAUACCUACAUUUGCAGCAUUGCUGGGUUCAACAGGGGUAAUGAUUUGCAGGGCCGUUCAAGGUGUGUCUCAGGGAUUUUUUUAUCCGUCCAUGCAAACCAUGUUGGGAAGAUGGGCACCUGAGGAAGAACGAAGUCGAAUGUCCAUGCUGGUUUAUACUGGAAGUGCCAUUGGCACAAUUUUGUGUGGUCCAAUUAAUGGUUACAUUUGCGAAUCUCACUAUGGCUGGCCAGGAACUUUCUAUCUCUUUGGGGGUUUGGGGUUUGUUUGGUGCAUUUCCUGGUUCUUUUUUGGGUUCAGCACUCCUGCAAGCCAUCCUACAAUUAGUGCUGAAGAAAGGCUAUACAUUGAAAAGUCUUUGGGUCAGGAUAAAGGUGUAGAGAAUGUCCCUACUCCUUGGACAUCGAUACUAACAUCAAUGCCAUUUUACUCAGUUGUACUUGCUACAGUUGGCAUCACAUUUGGAGCUGCCUUUUUAUCCAGUGAUAUGCCAACGUAUUUGAAAAAUGUUGUUGGAUAUUCUACAAAAACUAACGGAAUUUUGUCAUCAGUACCAACAAUCGCGGGUAUCGCUUCUAAUUUCAUUUUCGCUUUGGUAUCAGAUUUCAUUGUCACUAGAAACUACGUGAGCAAGUUGAAUUCCAGAAAGAUAUUUCAUGUUAUAGGUUCUUAUGGUCCUAGCACUUGCAUGCUCAUUCUUGCAUACCUGCCAAAAUCUGAUGUAAAUCUGACAAUGACCUAUUUGAUUAUAAACGGAGCUUUAGCUUCCAGUCAACAUUAUGGAGUAGUUAUAAACAACCUUGAUAUAUCUCCAAGAUUUGCAGGGGUUAUUGGUGGGUUCUCUUCGACUAUAUCAUCCAGUAUGUCGCUGUGUGCUCCGUUAUUGGUGCAAUUUUUGGUAACAGAUGAAACUAACGUUACACAAUGGCGGACGAUUUUUAUUAUUGCUGCCGGAUGGUACUUUGUAGGUGCUACAUUUUUUGUAAUAUUUGCAUCUGCAGAUGUGCAGCCUUGGGAUUCUGGUAAAAUAAAGAAAAAUGCCGUUGAAAAAAUAAAAAAAGAAAGCGUAACAUCUUUUAAAAGCAAUGUGUAAUAUAUUGUUGAUUUAUUGUAUUUGGGUAGUUGUGAUUUUAUGGUUGAUAUUUUAUUCAGCAUUGGUAAAUACAUAAUCAGCUGCUCUUUGGAUUUUUUCAAAGUAGCAGCUCUGAUGACUGGGAAAUUGAAAAUAUGCAUCAAAUAAAAUGUCGAAGAACAUUUUUCAAAUACAAAAAUUGAUAAAAACAUCUUGCAUCAAAGUAAUGGAAUAAUAAUUGAUAAUAUUACUGAUAUAAUUAAGUGUUUGCUACUUUGCACAUCUCUCAAGGAGAUUCUUUCACUUGAAAAUAGGUAUGGAUUUGGUCCAUUUUUGGAAUAAAACUGUGGCUACACCAGUUGUCCAAAACUAUUGACAUCCCUAGCCGUCUCCUCCCUCAUCUUUGUGUAUUUACCAAGGUUGUUUUAGAGUGAUUUGAUUGUUUUCUUUGGGCCCCUUGACAGAGUUUUUUGUAGUCUAACACAAUCUUGAGUACUUUGUAUAUCCUCACAGUACUUCCUCCAAGACCUCCUCUUGGAUCCCCUCAGCUGUUUCUUGAACUUUUUCUGUUCUAGUUUUUUUCCUUAACUUUGCAAGGCUCUAGUUCCACCAGGGCACUUUUCUGGUGGAUGUCCCUGUUGUAAGUGGGCAAUUUUCAUUGAAGGCUGAGAUGAUUGCAUCAUUGAACUGAUCCACAACCAUCUCCAACUCUUCAGUGUCUUUUAUUGUCUUCCUAAUGUACGGCAGACUGUUCUCCAGGUCAGCUUUGUAUGCGUCCCAGUCUACAUUUCGAUGAUUUCGAUAAUUUACUGAAGUUGUUUUACCUGAAAUUUCAAAAUUGAUGUAUCUGUGAUCCGAGCAACUUGCCUUAUCAAAUACAUGCCAGUUUGUGACUUGAUAACUCAUGAUUUGAGGCUAUAGUGUCACAUCGAUUACCUCCUUCCUAGUUGAAUUAACAAAGAGUGAAGACUCACCUCUAUCGUUGAUGUUAGUACUUUCCCAGACUGUGUGAUGAGCAUUCGUAUCACACCCGAUGAGUAGCUGUGUCCCAUUCGUCGUAUAGUGUCUCACCAGAUCCCCUCACUUCUGGUUGGUGUUGAUUCAGGGUCAUGGUAGGGGUCGAGGAGUGACAGUCUUGGACGAGAAGGCCAGGAGCCAUAGAGAAGGACGAGAAGGCCAGGAGCCAUCGAGAAGGACGAGAAGGCCAAGAUCCAUCAAGAAGGACGAGAAGGCCAGGAGCCAUAGAGAAGACCAGGAGCUGUCCUCCCUUCUCUAUUGUCCGGCUUAGCAGGAGCCAUUCUCCCAUCAUCUCAGGCCUGGAUUUUGUAUCCCAAGACAAGUCUUGAUGACUUCUACUGAGGUCGCUUCUGGAUUUGGCACGAAAACGAGGAACCUUGGUCUUGCUGGGAGAUCCUCAGAGUUAACAGCCCUGAGUUCUGCACCCUCUGCACCCUCUCAGAGUUGGCCAAGGGGUUCGAUGCUUUUCUUGAGCUCCUUCUCUCGCCCCCAGGUCUCACAGCUCCUCGGGGCUUCAAAUUUUUGUUUUGUCAUGGUAUAAUACCUAAAAAUCCUAAAUUAUUAAUUAUAGAGGGAUUAUUAUUCAGUUAACUAUCAAUAAAGUUGUUGUGAAUUUGACUCUACUUACUUUAUUUCACUGGAUACCUCCCUAUUUGAAAUAGUUAUCUUUAAUGUUUCAUGGCUUUAUUGAUAUUCAACCCAUUGCAUAUAAAACUAUAUUCCGGGAAAUGUGACAUACAUGCCAAAAAUUUAACUCUGCAAGUACAACCUAUGGUAUUCAGCAUGAGCCUAUAACUUUGAAGCCAUAAAAUUCAAUUUAUUUUUAUUGUGCGGUCGACUGGCUGCUUCAGUAUGCCACGAAGCGAUAGUCUUUACGUCUACUACAAGGGACAAUUCUUGAAACCGAAGAACAGCGUUCUCAUGAGAACGAUUGCUCUGUCAUUGUCAGUAUUAUGGAAAUAUGAAUACGGACGACGAAGACAGAACCAUAGCUCUCAUGAGAAUG